AUGGCGGCGCCCAUAGCGCUACACCUGGAGUUCGGAGGAGGAGCAGAGCUACUCUUCGACGGAGUCAAGAAUCAUCAUGUGACACUACCCAGCCAAUCAGAACCAUGGGAUAUGAGGCAGCUGUUGGCAUGGAUCCGGGGUAAUAUGCUAAAGGAGCGGCCAGAGCUCUUUGUGCAGGGCGAAUCCGUGAGGCCUGGUAUUCUGGUAUUGAUCAACGACGCAGACUGGGAACUGAUGGGUGAGUUGGAAUACCAGCUCCAAGACCAGGAUAACAUAAUAUUUAUAUCCACUCUGCAUGGGGGCUGACUGGCACCAACACACCACUCCAUGCCAACAUACUGCAUCUUUCUUCUCUGUCUCACAUGAUCUAUUGGCUGUGGCCCUUACUAUCAAAUCUCCAGCACACAAGUCAUCUUGGACUAGCUUAUUUCUCAACCAGUCCAUACAACACACACUGACAUGUUUUGAUCUCGUACUCCAAUGGGAUGUUAUCUAACUGAUGGGAGAUGGAAACAUACUGGUCCAAGCACUGUCCUUAGUACCUGACCACCGUUUGACUAUAUUAUAAUAGGAGGGUGGACUGACUCCAAGGUCAGCCUGUCUAGCCAGCAGCCAGAUGGACCCUCUAGAGACCAACUAGGUGGAUGGCUAGACCCAUUAUAACUGCUCAAAUAUCAUUUAAUUUGUUUGCAUUUGAGACCGUUGUAAAUGUGCUGUGUUAUG